AUGCCUCCAACAUCGGAUGUCAAGAUCAACUCCCUCCUCGCGACCCUCCAAUCGGAGAGGCGUAACCUUGAAGGUGCCAAAGCUGUCAUGCGUGCCGUCGAGGCUUCUUCCAAGAACGAAGCUGUCAUUCAGCAAGCGCAGAAUGAGGUCCGGGCCGCCCAGGCUUCCAUAAAAUUCCUUGAGGACGAAUUGGGAAAGCUUCAAAUCGGUGGCGGGUCACCCGCUCGAGGAGAGGCUAGUGGUUCGUCUCAAGCUGGAUCAGGUGGAAGGUAUCCAGGACAGGGACCGAUGAGCCCUUCGAGGAGUGGAGCAAGUAACACCGGUAUCGUUUCCCCGACUCGCAAUAUGGAUGGUAGAAAUAGACCUUUACCACCCCCUCCUCCUGGGGAAGAAAGUACCGAGACUUCCAAGUCCGAUCAGAAGAAUUACACGGCUCUAGAUUUGCUGAGAUACGACGCUCCUCUUACGGGAGCAAAGAUCACGAGGAUGCUAAACCAACUGCAAUUUAAAUUACAAGUCGAAGAACAAUAUAAAUUAGGGAUUGAAAAGAUGGCUCAGGCUUACAGACUAGAAGGAGACAAGAGAUUGCGGAAUGAAACUGAAGCCAAACGGAUAGAGAGUGAUGGCAAAAUCCAAUUGCUCAAAAAGGCCAAACGACGGUAUGAGACUUUGGCUAAAUUCGGAGGUGCUGUGGAAGCUGAUGACGAUUUCGAAGAAGAUGGAAAACGUAAAGAAGCUCUACGCAAACCCAUCUCCGGCCAACUUGUCAUCUCACUUCGUUCUGCCCGUGACCUCAAUCAUCGAUCUCUACCUCGUAAAUCGUCCAAAGCUCAUAACGAAUCCACCGUGGUCAUUAAGAUCGAAGGCAACGAAAGAGCUGUAUCACAUCCCUCUCGCAAUGACCGUUGGAUGGAAGACUUUGAGAUAUCUGUAGAAAAGGCAAAUGAAGUCGAGAUCACCAUAUUGGACCAGAUCGCGCCUGGUGACUCGGCCCCCAUCGGUAUGUUGUGGUUGAGAAAGGUGGGAAUGGAGGGACAGGGCGCUGGGUGGGUGACAGCUGCCACUGCUGCGACUUUGGGACCUCGGGGCGGAAGUGCACCAGAAUCAGCAACGCUCCACAGCUCAGGGACCUUGCGAGCGCCCAACCAUGGACCUGUAGAUGGUAAAUCGACCGAUGGAAUCGAAGGUUGGUGGUCGGUCGAACCGGCAGGUGCUAUCGCCCUCAAGCUGGACUUUGUCAAGGAUACCGUGGCGGGCGGUAGACGCCCAUAUGAAGCUUUGGGAAGACAAGGCGCCCUUCGUAAACGUAAGGGCGAUGUAUUCGAGAUGAACGGUCACAAAUUCGUCCAAAGGCAAUUCUAUCAACCCAUCAUGUGCGCCUUGUGUCAAGAAUUCCUUCUCACCGGUGAAGGAUACCAAUGCGAGGAUUGUCGUUACACUUGUCACAAGAAAUGUUACCCCAAAGUCGUCACGAAAUGUAUCUCAAAAUCCAAUGCCGAUGGAGAAGGCGACGAGGAGAAGAUCAAUCAUCGAAUCCCUCACCGUUUCACUCCGUAUACCAACAUGUCAGCAAAUUGGUGCUGUCAUUGCGGAUAUAUGUUACCUUUCGGUCGCAAGAAUUCUGUCAAGUGCUCAGAAUGUAGCUUGACAUGUCAUCAAACAUGCUCGCAUCUUGUACCAGACUUCUGUGGUAUGACUAUGGAGAUGGCCAAUAUUCUCCUGAAAAAUCUUCGGGAUAUCAAAACUACCCAGCGAAAAACACCCUCUACCACGUCUGGGGCUUCUUCCGUAUCAACUCUACCAGCCUAUACUCCGCCCACGCAGCAGGUACAACAGCAGCCACAAGCACCCCAAGCACCUUCAGCCCCACAACAACCUCAAAUACCCCAGAGACCGCCAGUAGGCACUUACCAGGCCGACCAGAGAGCCACUGGAGGAUAUACAGCUUCCCCGGGUCAGCCACAUCCAGCUCAGGCGGAAUAUAAUGCACUCCGCCCUGCUCCUCCUACUGGUGCUCGGCCUAUGCCUCAACCACCGGUAGCUCCAUCUCGACCUUCCUAUGAGCAGCGAAGAUCUCAAGAGGGAUAUGCCGUUAUGCCGUCUGUCGGACCUGCCAGUCGCACUCCGCCUCAAGUCGUGGAAAUGCCACGAGCAUACCCAUCUCCACCUCAGGGUCUGCCGGUGACCAGAACUCCUCAGCCACGGAAGCGAAAAGUUGGACUGGAUGACUUCAACUUCCUCGCGGUGCUAGGAAAAGGAAACUUUGGGAAAGUCAUGCUGGCGGAGGAAAAGGCAUCCAGUAAUCUGUACGCCAUCAAGGUGUUGAAAAAGGAGUUUAUUAUCGAAAACGAUGAAGUGGAAAGUACUCAAUCAGAGAAGCGCGUUUUCCUCGCCGCUGCCCAAGAACGUCACCCUUUCUUACUCGGUCUUCACUCUUGUUUCCAAACUGAAACUCGUGUCUACUUCGUCAUGGAAUACGUUUCCGGUGGUGACCUGAUGUUGCACAUCCAAAAGAAACAAUUUACACUUCGUCAAGCCAAGUUUUACGCUUGUGAAGUUUUGCUAGCGUUGCAGUAUUUCCACACCAAGGGGAUCAUCUAUCGAGACCUCAAGUUGGACAAUAUCUUGCUGACCUUGGAUGGGCAUGUCAAAGUGGCAGAUUAUGGGUUGUGCAAGGAGGAAAUGUGGUUUGGAAAAACGACGAGUACCUUUUGCGGAACGCCAGAGUUUAUGGCUCCAGAGAUCCUACUCGAACAACGCUACGGUCGAGCCGUCGACUGGUGGGCGUUUGGUGUUCUCACAUACGAAAUGCUCCUCGGUCAAUCGCCUUUCCGAGGGGACGACGAGGACGAAAUAUUUGACGCCAUUCUUGAAGACGAACCUUUAUAUCCGAUCACCAUGCCUCGUGAUGCGGUCUCGCUAUUACAGAGAUUAUUAACUCGUGAUCCUACCCGACGUCUUGGAGCUGGCGAAGCCGACGCAGAGGAUAUAAAGAGACACCUUUUCUUCAAAGAUGUCAGCUUUGAUGAUGUGUACAACAAACGAAUCCCACCACCUUACUUCCCCACUAUCGGCAACGCUACCGACACUUCCAACUUUGACCAAGAAUUCACUCGAGAACAACCGACCUUGACCCCUGUUCAUACCCAAUUGUCCGCCGCAGAUCAACAGGAGUUCGCUGGGUUCUCUUGGAUCGCACCUUGGGCCACUUAA